AUGGACGAAGAAACAAAAGUGUUGACGUCAACUCUUAACUCAUUUUUAGACUACGGCCACACUGCUCAGCUUAAUGUUAUCAAAGUACGGCGUGAAAAACUGAAUCAAUUGAAAGCUAGAUACCAGUAUGAAGAAGGUGGUUGCAUCAAUCACGGCAAUCAAGUCAAUUAUUAUGAGCUUGCUUCUAAAUAUAUUGAGCCACUUCUGGAAACUUUGACUGAAGAUAUCGAAAAUAACUCGUUUUUUUUAGAAGCUGUUGCCCAAACAGCUAAAGUAGCCUUUGGUGCUCCAGAAGACGAAGCAGUGUGGGAAGAAAGCACUAUUUCGGAAAUUUCCAAAGUAGUCAGUAUGUUGGGCCAAAUUUCGCGUGAAUGGAGCAUAGAAGGAAUUCAGGAAAGGGAAUGUUCUAUGGGAAAAGUCAUUAGAGAGAUUGAAAACUUAUUUCCUGAACUAGAAGAAGGGACAUUUGAGUUUGAUGAAUAUCUUGUCAAAAUGGAUCUUGGUGAUAAGAGAUUAAUAUCAGAUAAACUGCGACAUCAAAUUACUCGAAAUAGGGCAAGUGUUAAUAUAGUAAUUCCAGGAUGUGGGUUAGGCCGUUUGCCUUUAGAAUUAGCUGCAAGAGGCUUUGCCGCUCAAGGGAAUGAAGUUUCUUUUUCUAUGCUUUUUACGUCAAAUUUUAUUCUUAAUAGUACGAACGCCACGAACGAAUACAGACUUAAUCCAUGGAUUCAUUCUUUCUCACAUGUACGUGAUCGGUCAUAUCAGACUCGUGCUGUACUUGUACCGGAUAUACACCCUGCAGAGUUUUUAACUAGAAGAGAAAAAGUAUUUGGUAAGCCCGCAGGAGAAUUGACAAUGAUGGCAGGUUCUUUUGAUGAAGUAUAUCCAGCAAAAGCAGACAAAAUGGAUAAUCCAAAUUUGAACUCCUUCGAAUCAUUUAACUUAGAGCGACGGUACGUUCGCCAGCAAUCGGAGGAAUUGAAAGAAGAACAGUCGUUAACGGAGAAUUUUAAAAAUAUGCAUAAAAACAGUGAUUAUGAAAAUACACCCAAUAGAAAAAAAGUGGAUUGUACAGAAGAUAAAGACUUGAAAUCUGAUAAUAUUUUAGAAAAUGCAUUUAAUAUGUUCACCUUGAAACCGAAAUCUUCAGAAAACAUAAGUGAACAUAAGAACCUUCCUAGCGAAACGGAACAGAAAUGUGAUUUUUGUCAUGAUUGUGAUGAAAAUAAGGUCUGUUUUCAAAAAAGCAAAAGCAUUUGCAGUUGGAAAAAUACGUCUCCGCUUUUACCAGCCAAUGAUAAUCAAUUUACUGAUAAGCAGAUUUUGAAUAACCAAUCGCUUAAACCAUUGUCAAACGAGAAUAUUGAGAACUCACAAAGCGAAAAUGGCAGUAGAAAUAAGGAAAAUCUAAAAGUUGACGUUAUUGCGACAGUUUUUUUUAUUGAUACCUCCCCAAAUAUUUUCAAAACUUUAGACACCAUUUCAAAGACGUUAGUUAAGGGUGGAUAUUGGAUAAAUUUUGGGCCACUGCUUUGGCAUUACGAACAUCACAUUCCAGCAUUUGAGUAUUCAUCAAACGAUGGGUCUGUAACAAAUCAUUAUACUUGUGAUUCUAACCGUAACAGUAAUGUCAAUGAAGAUAUUGGGGUAAGUGGGCAUAACCAUAAUCAUGACAGGGAUCUGGAUGAUAGAACAGCUGGUCUAGAACUUUCAUUAAAUGAAAUAUUUGAUGUUCUCCCCAAUUAUGGUCUUCGGAUUAUAAAACAAGAAAGUAGAAUUCCUACAACUUAUGCAAUUGAUACAAUGUCGAUGCGUGGUAAUAUGUAUAAUUGCGAGUAUUGGGUAGCAAUUAAAGAAGUUUAA